GGGCGGCCAUUUUGUUUCCUUGUGUGUCCAGUUGCCGUGGCCUGUGGACGAGUCCAGAUGCACUUUGCCCCGAGGGUUAUUAACGGGCACGUCUGCCCCAAAGGACACUGCCCAUGGCAGGCGCUGCUGACGGAGGGCGGCGAGUUCUCCUGCGGCGCCGUGGUGCUGUCCCCCCGCUGGCUGCUGACGGCGGCUCACUGCGUCUGGGGGAGACCGGCCGCCGUCUUCAACGUCACCGUCGGUGAACACGACCUGACCGUGGAGGAGAGGACUGAGCAGCGGCGCUCCGUGCUGAAGGUCCUGGUCCACCCCGGCUACAACAAGUCGAGCUACGACAACGACGUGGCGCUGCUGCGGCUGCAGCGCCCGGUGAAGCUCGGCGUCUACGUGGUCCCGAUCUGCCUCCCGGCGCGCAACAGCACCUUCAUCCGCACGCUGGGGUCCGUGCGCGAGUCCACCGUGUCCGGCUGGGGCCGCCUGGCGCAGUUCGGCGCCACGGCGCAGGUCCUGCAGCGCGCCGUGCUGCCGCGCGUGUCGCAGCAGGACUGCCGCCUGCACAGUCGCCUCAACAUCACCAAGAACAUGUUCUGCGCCGGGUUGCGGGCCGGCGGCCGCGACGCCUGCAAGGGGGACAGCGGCGGGCCCCUGGUCACGUACUACAGGAAGACCUGGUUCCUGACGGGCGUGGUGAGCUGGGGGAAGGACUGCGCCAAGGAAAACCUGUACGGGGUCUACGCCAAGGUCAGCCGCUUCGUGGACUGGAUCCAGGACGCCAUGUCCAGCUACUGAGACGGGGAAGAGAGAUGUUACAGAUGAUG